AUGGCCUCAUCCAAAGCGCCCAGUCCUGGGCCACCGCUCGAGAAGCCCUCAGAGCCCAUGGGAAACAUGAGCCUGGACGGCGUCUCGUCGAACCAGCUAUCCUCUCCUGAGCACAACCAGGACCACUUGGAUCAGGAUGAAAAGACAAGCAGCAGUAUUAAACGGUUUUUUGGAAACAUGAUGAUUGCCAGGAUUGGCCGCGCUUCCUGGCAGUCCGUGGAAUCUACAGCCAGAAUUCCCUUUUACCUGUCCCCAUGGGGUGACAACACACCCUUCACCCUCCCGAAUGUCCGCAAGCGGGAUCUUGCUCUUGCAGGAGUUUCCCACUUUGGACUCGACGCCCUGGGGGUCUCUGCCGUCACCAUCAUGGAAAAGGCCGUUGAGGAGACUGCCGAGCAGGGUGUAGACGAGGGCCUGGCCAGGAUCACGGGCAGAUACGGCAAGAGACAUGAAGUCAUACGCAAGAUUGGCGUGAACAGCGUCACACUGAAAAUCAGGCAUAAACUCUUUGGAGAGGGUGCCGAGCUCGUCUUCCAAGGAGUCAGGAGCACCGACGACUGGAUGGGCUGCGCCAAAGGAUGGUUCUGCCCGUACUUGUACGCCAGCGGGAGGGAGCCAGAGAUACCAAGACGCAAGGACUUUGCCAUGGCCCGGCUUUUACGGCCGCGAUUGGCGGCGGAUGCGAGCAUUGCGCCAACAUUGCUGAGCUCGUUUACCGACGCAGACACUCCAAUCCUGUCGCCGCUUGGUUGUCCUUGGGAGGACCCGAGUUUCAAGCCCACGGCGCCUGCCUACCCAAAGUUCAGGCGAGUGGCUGUUUUUAUCACAGGCAUCUCACCGUAUCGAUAUAUCACAACGCAGACGGCAUGGUCGCACUGCAGGAUACCCAACGAAGCAAAGCUGACCUUUCAUUUGUUCACACACGUCCCUGCCAUUGUGCUACCGGUUAGGGACCAGUCGCCCAUUCUGGCCUGGAGCCCCUGGACGAUUGCACAGAUGUUUCAGAAGAAGACCAAGUACGGAGUUGCGAUGCAUGUCCAGGAGCUCUUGGACUUCAUCGAGACGACAAUAGACGAGGAGGUGGCCAGGGAGAACCCAGAGUGGCGAGACAUCGUGGAGGCUGCCCUGAGGUCAAUGCUGAGCUGUGUUCUGAGCGUUCCAGAUGCUAUCUGCGAGGCAUCCAAGAAGAAUUGUGAGCUCGAGAGAGCUGGUGUCGUUUUCUUCAGAUAUUAA